AUGUGUCAUGGGAGAAGCAGCCUCAAGCACCAAACUAGAGCCUUUUCGCGUUCAAGCGCAUCCCUUCGGCCCCGGUCGGUCCUGUCAGGAAUAUGGCUCCCUACAGGCGGCUUGGCAGCGACAGAAGUGGAAUCCGGACAUGGAAAACUCGUUCGUGCGGGCUUCGUGCGGCAAGCCCAAUCAGGCAUCUUCCAGAUGCUUCCACUUGGGCUACGAGUGCAACAGAAGAUCGAGGCCCUGCUUGACAGGCACAUGCAAUCGAUAGGAGCCUCGCGCCUCGCCCUUUCAGCCAUAACGUCCGAGGAGCUGUGGCGAAAGAGCGGUCGACUAGAACAUGUCUCGCCAGAGCUCUUUCGAUUGACUGACCGUAGAAAGGUCCCGCUCAUGUUGUCCCCGACUCAUGAGGAAGAAAUCACGACGCUUGUGGCGGGGACAAGACUGUCCAACAAGGACCUUCCACUGCGGCUGUAUCAGACAACCCGAAAGUACCGAGACGAGAUGCGUCCACGUCACGGUCUAUUACGGUCCAGAGAGUUUGUAAUGAAGGAUCUGUACACCUUUGACACGUCAGUGGAAGCCGCCGUCGACACUUAUCGGGAGGUUUCUGGCGCCUACCGGGCUUUCUUUGCCGACUUGAAGCUUCCCAUGUUGGUGGCUGAAGCAAGCUCCGGAAAUAUGGGCGGCGACCACAGUCACGAGUAUCACCUAACUAAUCCCAUCGGGGAAGACACGGUCGUGACUUGCAGCAGCUGCGGAUAUACUGCGAGCGACCAAGUUGCAAUGUCGCGGCCGCCGUCUAGGGAACAACGACGAGCAAACGAAGAGACGGCGUCGGCUGACUUUUGCGUUUGGCGAGGCAUCACCAGAGAUCGCAAAACGCUGGUCAAUGCGUGGUAUCCCCGGCAUGGGGAUUCCUCGGCGGAUGCAGACAUCAACAUUCACGCCGUGGAAAAGGCAGUUCCCGAGCUGGACACAAGCAUCAGCGACCCACUCCGGUUCCUGAGCGAGGCUCGGGGCACUGAAGCAGAUACUCCCCCGGCGACAUUUGGAGUGGUGAAUGUUGUCGACUCAAGGCUAGCACCCGCUUUUGCCAGGCUCCAAACGCAGCUUCCCAUAAUACCAGCUGGGUUGGGGGAUGUCUCGGCGACAGACGGGGACGGCUGCCCUCGAUGCGAGGAUGGACAUCUGCGGAUCCAGCGCGCUCUGGAACUGGGCCACACUUUCUACCUGGGCACUCGCUACUCGGAGCCUCUGGGGCUGACCAUCAACGGUCCCCGAGGGCCCAUGGCAGUCCAAAUGGGCUGCUAUGGGCUGGGCAUCUCGCGCAUAUUCGGGGCCGUGGCCGAGCACCUUGCCGACGACAAAGGCCUCAACUGGCCCCGCGCAAUUGCCCCGUUCGAAGUCGCCGUGAUCCCGUCUUCCGACGUGACUGCCGAAGCCCGAGACUUUUACGACAUGCUCGCGGGUCAAGGAUCGUGGGGCGCCGGGCUCGACGUUGUCCUGGACGAUCGCAAGGCGUCGUUUGGGUGGAAGAUGAAGGAUGCCGACACCAUUGGCUUCCCCGUUAUUGUUGUGCUGGGGCGAGCGUGGAGGGAAAAGGGGGUGUGCGAGGUGCAGUGCAGGCGCCUCGGUGUAAAGGAGGGCGUGUCCGCCGAGGAGGUCGGCAUCCGUGUCAUGGGCCUGCUGUCGCAGCUGUAG